AUGUCGUUCGUAGAGCUCCCGACAGAGCUCAUUGAAAUGAUUUGCGUACGCUGCAGCCUGGACGAGAUCAAGGCGCUCAGGCUCACUUGCCACUCUUUGCGAAAUGUCGCAGAUGACUACUUGUUCCCAGAGAUCGUGACUGUCAUGACAAUCGACAGCAUGAAAGCAGCCUGGCAGAUCGCUCAACAUCCCAAAUUCUGUAAACAGCCAAGGCUCCUUUAUUUUCAAGGCGAUACGUCGGAGCCGCUGAAGUUUGAAGAAUGGAGGGCGAAGUUGGAAUCACAGAUCGAGGUCGACGCACACAUCACAAAGGCCGACAGGAAGCACCUCCAAGAGCUUGGCGAAAUCUCCAUGCGACGGGGCCGGGAACGCCAGAUCGAUCCAAAUCUCGAGGCGCGUGAGAAGGCUCUGAUACAAUUGAUCAGAGCCAAUGCGGAUGCACAGCCCAAGCCAAGCUACUCGGCCGCUCAGCUGCAGAAUCAUUUCGAGUACUACAGCGAACUAGCCUAUGAAGGCGUACAAAUUGUUGAAGACGGGGUGAUUCAACGGUGCAUGCAAGAAGUCUUCGAGAAGUGCAGCAACAUUCGUGCCUUCGACUUCACUACAGCCAACGCACUGCGUGUCCACACCCACAGAGAGAACAAGCAGUUUCGAAAAGGGCUUAUUACCCCGUUCGGAGACUACGAUCGGUGUGGAGAAGGACUGGAGGCGAUGGGCGAAAUAGUACUCGCAGCUGAGAAGGCCGGCUACUCGCCACAGACUCUGAGGCUGGGCUCCGUGUCCUUUCACAUAGCCCGUCAUCUUGAGUUCUCCAAAGCGAUGUCGCGUUUCAUGGCCAAUGUAGAGACUCUACACUGGAUUGUGUCCACGCCGUAUCUGGAAGACGACGAUCUAGGGGUUGAUUCAGAAGAGUUCGCCGAGAUCAUGCUGGGCUUCUCGGAGGGGUAUUUCAUCAUGCUCAUGGAAAGCGCAGGUAACCUCCGCUCCCUGGAAAUUGACAUGCCGUGUCCCAACCCUGGCGAAGACAAGAUUGAGCUGUCAGAUGUGGUCGGCUCCAUAGUCUGGGCGAACUUGCGAAACUUCGCUAUUACAACGGUUUAUGCAAAUCCCUCGGACUUGGUCGACUUUCUACUGCGACACGCGGGAACCCUGGAGCGCCUGGAGCUGAACGAAGUCACACUUGAAGGAGAGUGGCCCGAGUGCUUCUCUAGACUCGCUGGCAAGCUUCCACGCCUGAAGGAAGUGCAACUACGAGGUGUCUUCUCAGUUGGUCAUGGCGCGUUCUUCUGUUUCUUCGGCGAUCUCUACACAUCUCGCGGCAACGAAUACUCGCAAAGCGUGGCAAGAUACAUCAUCGAAGGCGGUGAAGAGUUUUCCAUGCCGCCUGGCAACAAUAGAGAAGAGGCCAUGAUCCCGGAUAGUGAGAGUGACGAUGAUGAAGAGCCAGACUGGGAUGACGAGAAUUUCUUAUUUGCCGAGGAGGACGAUGACCUUCUUGGUAUUGAUGUUUAGCAUUGAAGAAUCAUCGUUCCGAUGCCGCACAUCUACAUUACUACGGUACAGACUAACUCGAGUCGGGGGCUCUCAACGGACGCUUAUCUGGAUUUUCAGAUUUCAGGCAGAAUGCACCGACCUUCACUUCUACACUGUGAGCAUACUUCCCGGCGUUGCUCCAGUUCUCGCCGUCAAAUCUGGCCAUAGCAGGGCAUAAGCCAAUAGGACGCCCGGAGUAGCGAAUGCGCAGGUACCAGCUUGCCAUAGAAGGCACGA